ACUUGUUUUGAAGCUUACUCCCCAUGAAUUAAAACCUUUAUCACGAGGCCGGUGGUUUGUCGUGAUGACGUCUGCGGCCUGCUGAAGCGCCAGAGCGAAGCCCACGUACGCACCUCUUCAAAGCCGUACCCUCAUUCAUGUCGAUGAGAAACACGUCUCUCCAACUCGUUUGUUGUUUGCUAACGAUGCUUGCUAGACGAGCAUACCCGCCUUAUCACGUCUGGUGCUUCUAUUUGCCGUUGCCUAGACAACACUCAAGACGGCUACUGUGAUUGGUCAGAUAAUCUGUCCAAACGGUCAGAAGUUUGCUGUCAUUGGCUGGAUGAUUCUGUAAUGCUUCACGUACAUCUAGGUACUAUAUAAACGUGCUCUCCCACCGCCUUGUGGAUUGCUUGCUUUAUCGUAUUGUCCGUUUGUCGACUCAGCAGAUUACACCAGCGCGCCCGGGCCAACAGGGUAUAUUUCUUUUUCACAUCGAUAUCCGAACAUCAGGGUAGGAAAGAAAACGCCAUUCCACGGGGCUCAUUAUCGGACGCCGCGCUAGACAGAAAGUCAGCGGUGAGACAACUGCAAGGCUGCUUCAAGAUGGAGUCGAACGACACAAACAGUUCUAUCGAUGAUGUCGACUUCAGUGGAACGUUGCCACCGCUGUCAUUCGAAGACUAUCAGGACAUCCUGCGCCAGUACAUGGAGAUGGUUGGCGCCGACAAGUUUGGAUCCAGCUCCCCCGGUGCUGGGCAGUACCUUUGGGCCACCAUCUUUCUGGGUAUAGUCUACAGCAUCAUGAUCGUGGUUUGCGGAGCGGGCAACCUCAUCUACAUGGUGGUGGUCCUGAGGUACAAGGAGAUGCGCACCAUCACCAACGCUCUGGUGGCGAACCUGGUUCUCUCGGACUUCCUGGUGGCUGUGUUCUGCGUGCCGUUCAUCCUGGACUACCACAUCGUCAGGCCGGAGAGAGUCUGGUCGUACGACGACACGACCUGCUGCUUCGUCAACUACCUUCGCAUCACGUCACUCUACGUGUCCACCAACUCUCUCCUGGUCAUCGCCAUCGACAGGUACCUGGUCAUCAUGAUGCCGCACGUUCCCCGGAUGACAGGCGGGAUGGCGGGCGGGGCCAUGGCGCUGGUGUGGGCCGUGUCCAUGCUGCUGGCCGUGCCUGCUGCCAUGUACUCCACGGCGCUCACGUACGCAGACCAACAGGGCACCUUCUGCGGACAGAUCUGGCCGAUACAGAUGGAAUCAGCGUACAAAGCAUACUACAUGACUCUCCUGGUGGUGGAGUUCGCCCUGCCGGUUGUCAUCAUGUGCUUCUGCUACAUCCGAAUCGCGCUCCGAAUCUGGUUCCGCAUCGUGCCCGGCCAGCAGACACGUGACCAGCAGGCCGCCAUGUUGAGAUCCAAGAAACGAAAUGUCCGCCUGCUCAUCGUGAUCCUGGUCCUGUUCGUGCUGUGUUGGGGACCGAACUACGGUUACGCUGUGGUGCGGGACUUCUACCCACACCUCCUGGCCACAUCCGGCAUUAACAUCACACUGCACUACGUCGUGGAGGCUCUGGCCAUGUCCAACGGCUCAAUCAACACUAUUGUGUAUGUGGCUCUCAACGCCAACGCACGGAAGUACAUCAAGAAACUGGCCAAGGAGUGCCGACUGAAGUGGACCCAGUGGCGCCACAGACGAGUGCAGGCCUCCUCCAGAGGAGUUUCCCGACAGACGGAUGAGCAGAGGAUGGGGGAGGGGGAGGGGGAUGGGCGGACUCUGCAUGUCUUCUCUGUCACUCACUCUUCGCGCUCGUUUCACGCCAGACAGGCUUUCACUGUGUAAAUUAUUCGAACUCUUACUUUUUAUUGUCUUUAACAGACAUGACAGACGUAAGGAUAACGCAGUCAAGUUAUCAACUUAUAUGUCCAUCGCCUCUGCUUCGUUGUACAAGGUUGUUAAUGAUUUAACUCGUGAUUAUUUACUUGAAUUUGUGCCCCCUGCUAUUUCUUCUUCAUGUACAUACGAACUCCUAGAUAUUCGAGCUGCGUUUUACCGUUGCAGUACUUUUGUAAAUGUGACAUCAAAGAUGGGAAAAUAUACGCUAAAUAAAAGUAAUAAAUGACUGUUUCACCGGUGCAAUGGGAAAGUGAAUAGACCAUUCCCCCUUGCUGUCGGUUAUAAAGUGAGUUAUACCAAAGGCUUUAAAAAUGGUAAUACUGAACAAAUUUACUGCUUUCACUGAUUAGCACACAGCAUUUGGGAAAGAUUCUUGUAGUUGAACACACAAGCCACUGCCAGUGAACUAGCCUCCUGCCACAGAAACGGAGAUGGGCACCGCCCUAUGUACCGUUUGGUGCGAGAAGGAUUUUAACUAGCUGACUUAAUUUUCACUAAAGCAACUUUGAUUUAGGAAAUGGCCGCCAGAGGCUUCAAACAGCCGUCUUCUUCUAGCGACACUGAACACUGAAUUUAUCUGUUCAUUAGAAGGUUUAUAACCAACAUUUUCAGAGUUAUAUAUGUAAAUAAGUUGAAAAAUUAGAUAGUCAAAUAGGAAACAAAUAUAAGACAAGAUCCUGUUAACAUGUUGCUGAUGAGAUUAUACAUUAUCCCGUUUAUUAUUGCUUCUCUUCGUUCAAACCAGCGGGGCUCACGGAUCAGGAUAUUUGUAUAUUUGAGAUAAUUUUUGUUGGUGUCUUUGUUCCCUUAU